CCCUUUUCCUCCGCCGGCUGUCGUCACCGCGGUCCUCACGUGCAGGUGCCGGCCGGGGAGGAGAAGGUGGUCGGUCGGUCGGUCGGCCGGCCCUGGGACGCCCGAGCAUGAAGUGUCACUACGAAGUGCUGGGGGUGAAACGCGACGCUUCGGAUGAAGACCUCAAGCGAGCCUAUCGGAAGCUGGCCCUCCGCUGGCAUCCAGAUAAAAAUCUAGACAAUGCAGAGGAAGCAGCAGAACAGUUCAAGCUGAUCCAGGCUGCGUAUGAUGUGCUGAGCGAUGCACAGGAGAGAGCGUGGUACGACAACCACAGGGAAGCUCUUUUGAAAGGAGGCAUUGAUGGAGGCUAUCAAGAUGACAGUCUGGAUUUGGUCCAGUACUUCACCGUUACGUGUUAUUCUGGCUAUGACGAUGAUAAAAAGGGGUUCUACGCAGUGUAUCGGCACGUCUUCGAAAUGAUUGCAAAGGAAGAAGAGGAAUCCAUAGUCGAUGAAGAUUUUGAAGGAUUCCCAAACUUUGGAGACUCUCAGAGCGACUAUGAUACGGUGGUCCAUUGUUUUUAUGCGUACUGGCAGAGUUUCUGUACACAGAAGAAUUUUGCAUGGAAGGAAGAAUAUGACACUCGGCAGGCGUCCAACCGCUGGGAAAAGCGAGCCAUGGAAAAGGAGAACAAGAAAACCCGAGACAAAGCAAGGAAGGAGAGGAACGAACUGGUCCGUGAACUGGUGGCCUUUGUGCGGAAAAGAGACAAGCGAGUUCAGGCCCACCGGAAGCUCUUGGAAGAGCAGAAUGCAGAGAAAGCUAAGAAGUCAGAAGCGCUCCGGAGGCAGCAGAAACUGAAACAGGCCAAGCUGGCGGAGCAGUACAAGGAGCAGAGCUGGAUUACCAUGUCUGACCUAGAGCGAGAACUGCAGCAGAUGGAAGCUCAGUAUGAAAAGGAGUUUGGAGAUGGGUCUGGCGAGGAAGAAGAGGAAGAAAAAGAAGAGAGGAAAGAGAACCAAGAAGAGGACAAAUUAAGUGAAGAACACGAUGCUGCCAACCUUUUUGAUGAGCUCUACUGUCCCGCUUGUGAUAAAUCCUUUAAGACAGAGAAAGCGAUGAAGAACCAUGAGAAGUCCAAGAAGCACCGGGAGAUCGUGGCUUUGCUCCGGCAGCAAUUAGAAGAAGAGGAAGAAGCAUUUUCUGUCUCCACGGUUGAUGAGAACGGGUGGAACAGCGAAGAGGAGGCAGAAGAACCAAUCCCCAAACAAAAGCUGUCAAAGAAACAGCGAAGGAAGCAAAGAACAGCAGGCACCCAGGAGGAUCCUUCCAAGGACAGCAGUCCUGAGCAGCAAGUCGAAGAGCCAAGGCCGGUGAGCUGCAAUGACCCAGAGAGGAUAUCUCCAGAAUCAGAAAAUGCCAGUAAAAGCUACAAUUCAGACGAUGCUGGAGAAAUUUCAGCGCCUACAGUAGAAUCCAAAACUGAGGUGAAAAGCAAUCCUAAAGGUAAAGGAAAGAAAGCAAAAGAAGCCAAGAAAACAUCUGCAAAAGUUUCUUCAGAGGACCAGGUAAAGCUUGAGGCCCCCCUGCAGUGUGUUACCUGCAGCUGUGAAUUUCAGUCGCGGAACAAAUUGUUUGAACAUCUGAAAACCACGGGGCACGCCAAAGCGUUUGCCACUUCCACUGCCAACACAGCCAUCAGCAGCAGAAGCAAGAAAGAAAAGCGGAGGAACAGAUAGGGUUUCUGGAAAGCCUCGAGAACUGUGGGGUUAUUGUCCCAUCCAAAGGCACCUUGUUAGCCCAAAGAGGCCCAGGCUUUUCCCGUGUGACUUAACCGGGAUGAAGACUGCUGGGCCCAGCCAUAAACAGAGCAGAAACACAUUUGAACCUGUGCAGCACUUGAUACAGUAUCUGUUUGUGUCUGUAUUUUGUUUCAUAAAUUGGGCUAAAGCCUCCAGAUUGUUCAUAAAGAGAGUUUUCCUGCUCCUUAAGAUUUGUAAAAACCUACAUGUACAGGCAAAGGGAAUAAAUUAUUUUACUGUA